UACGUACAGCGCGCGUGCGCACGGGUCUGCGCAUGCGCGUUUAAUCUUCACUCGUCAACUGCUUCCCCAGUGUUGUCGUUACAGUGGGAUUAGGACAAGCAGAGAAAAGCCGUGUGUCGGGAAAUAUCAGGAAGAGGAGGAACUGUAAACGAAGCCAUGGGCAAGUCUAUUUUCUCGUUGCCAAAAGACAAAAGCGAGGGCAAGGAGAAACUGACAUCUGAUGAUCCUGACUCUGAACCUGUAGAGGAGGAUAAGAAUGAAAUUUCACAGUUCCCCUAUGUUGAGUUCACAGGCAGGGACAGUGUCACUUGUCCCAGUUGCCAAGGAACAGGAAGAAUACCAAGAGAACAAGAAAACCAGCUCGUUGCCCUGAUACCAUACAGUGACCAAAGACUGAGGCCGAGACGAACUAAGCUGUAUGUGAGCUUGUCAGUGAUGCUGUGCCUCCUGCUUUCUGGCUUGGCCGUGUUUUUCCUCUUCCCCCGCACCAUUGAUGUCGCCUACAUGGGUGUGAAAUCUACAUCUGUCACAUUUGAUGCACAGCAACGAAUCGUCUAUCUCAACAUAACAAACACUUUGAACAUCACUAAUAACAACUACUAUCCGGUACAAGUGGCAAACAUCACAGCGCAGGUGCAGUUCUAUAAAACAGUGAUCGGAAAAUCACACGUGAGCAAUCUGACCAGCGUAAUGCCCCUGGAUAUGCAGCAGGUCGAUUUCCCUGUUUCCACAGUCAUAGCCAAUGAGAUGAGCUACAUCUAUGACUUUUGUACCAUGCAGGCUAUAAAAGUGCACAACAUUGUGGUCAUCAUACAGAUGACCGUCACCACCGUGUACUUCGGGCAUGCUGAGCAGGUCUCUCAGGAGAAUUACCUGUACGUGGACUGUGGCUCAAACACUACCAGUCUCAAUGGACACAUGACAGUGAUACAGUGACACGUUACACCUUGAUAUUUAGCCGCAGCGUGUACUGUGUCCACGCGGAGCGUCUCAAUGAUACGUUUUAACUGCUGUGCAUGUACAGGACCAGGGUGAAGCUUCAGCCAGAAUGCUCUCAGACUCCUCUGUGGAUGACUUUUGUAGAUAGAUGUACAGGUAAAAAGUUGUUUUGACAUGACUGCAGUGACUGACUGGUCCUCUGUGGUUUGAGAUGUAGAAGGAACACACUACACAUUAGCGUCACUCUCUACUACUUAUUGACUGCACUCACAUAAGCUGCGUUCUCUUGGUUUUAUAUGAACCACUUACCUUUUUUUCCCAUUCACUAUUUAUUCUAUUUACAUUCAGAGCAGUAGGUAUGGAGGGAAUAUUAUUUGCAGGAUAGAUGGACAUAUGAAAUCUAAGCUACCUUUUUAUACCUUGUAUUUUACAAGUAUUUAUUUAAAUGAAAAAUCUGAAAUUUAAGAAUAAUUAUCGUCAGUGAUAUGGGGGUAGUGAGUUGAGUGGGUGUGGCGGGGUGUCUGUUUGAUACACAAACUACAUGUCAAAUGAUAUAAAGAUAUUAUAAUGAGGUGCUGUAAAUGUUAAUUAUUGAAAUGUGCAGUUAUUAUGUGAAGCUAGGCUAUUUAGGUUUUUAAAUAAUCAGUAAGGCUAUAUUUUAUUUUACCACUGUAACAGAAAUCUAAAUCUAAAAAACAGUAGAGCUUCACAAAUUUUGAUUGAAAGAUGAACCAAGACUUUUCCAAGACGUGAGUUAUUUUUUUUCUGUUUGAUUUGAUGUAACAUUAAAAGAUUGUUGUAACUGAU